GAGUUAGUCUAAAUCGUUUAGUUGUUCCAGUGAAAUGGCUGUUGCACCCAGUAAGCUUUUGGAAUGGCCCUUGAAUCGACUCCAUUGUUCCCGUGUCUUACAUAGCCGACCAUAUCAGAGCUGUACACAGGCUUUGCUCUGGAAUAUUUUUCGUAAUCAUGUAUCCAGUGCCAAAUAUUAUUCCCCAUUGCUGCUGUUUCCUCUGCUGACUAAGCGUCAUCAGCUCAACAGGAAUGUUCUAAGGGACAUCAUAAGAAACUAUGCCCAAUCCGCAAGUUUUGCAGCUUGCCUUAAUGCAUUCACAUUUUACUUUAUGUGCAUUGCAAGACGAAUAAAUGGGCGAUUCGUUUGCAGUUGGACACCUUUGCUGUCCUGUUGGCUAUCUUCACAAAUUUGCUGGUGGAUGCCACCGCCAGUCUUACUUUAUUUUGUUACAGGAACAACUCAUGCUGCUCUGGAGAGUAUGCUGCGACAAUUGAAUGUUGGUCUAGUGCAUUCCCAACUUGGUCAAACAUUCAUAUUCAUGAUUUGUUCCCUGGUGGUAUUGCAUUUUCAACAGCUACGAAAAUACUCCGGAUUUUGGUUUAUAAAACCGUCUGCUUUGCCCAAAGAUUUCUGCGACUGGUCACUAGGCAAACGUCUGAAGCAUAGUGUGAACCAACUAGGUACUUAUCUGGGUAUUGGUUUUGCCUUGGACCUGGUAAAUGCACUGACGCAGAGAGAUCUAAAACCACUACAAAAGUUGAGGACAACCGGUUUUCUGGGAACCUACAUAGGAAUAUUUAAGUUGGUGCAAUGUCUGCUUUUGGGAAAGGUCUUUGACCUUAAUGUCACAAACCUAGUGGCCGGAUUUCUAAGCGGCAGCGCCUAUAUCUUUCUAAAUCGUUUGACUUUCAUGAGUUUUGCUAUUGUAAUUGCCAUUCAAGUCAUUUGGCAGCAAUUCUGUGCAGGAACAAGUGGAAAGAGCCAAGUAUUGGAACUACUAAAGAGCAUGCCUUUGGCUAAAUUGCUGAUACCCUGUAAUUUAGCAUAUUUAGUGCACAUUUUCUUCUACCAUGAAAAAUGUCUAAACACAUUGGCAAAGAAUUUCAUAGACUGCACCUGCGAUCAUAAUGGACAGCGUUUGCUUGAUUUAAUGCGAUUACCGAAUGUAAGCACUAUAAUGUCUACGGUUAAUAAAUUUCCAAUUAUGCCAUUUCUGUAAGAGCCAAAACCAAAUGUCAUAAACUAUGGCAAGUUAAAUAAAGACAAGUAUCUACUUGGUACCAUUUGACGCUAUCACGAA